AUGGCACAGUGCUUCAGUGUCAUGGCCUCGCAGCUUGCCCUGGGCCUUGUCCCGGUGCAUGAAGGCGGUGGCACCCUCUUUGGCGAGCAAAAGCUCUUCAUGGACAAGACCGUGGACCGGCACAUGCAUAUGGUGAGCUGCAUAUCUAACGAUGCCACCAUGUACGUCAAUUCUCCGUCGGAACCCAUGCUGGCAAUCGCUGCCUCGCUCAUCAUGUUGUGCACUGGCGCAAAAAAUGUUGGGUCGAAGCCAGUCGACAUGUACGGCUCCAUCAUGGGAAACUUCCAAGGCCAAUGCCUUGUGGACUCGGCAAUCGCCAGAUUCAAGGGGAUGUAUGGAGAGCUAGCCUCGUGCAUGGCCUUGGUUGUCGCCUGGGACGCAGCAAAGUGCAAAGAGCUGGAUGCGCUCAAGCAACAGAAAACAUCGGAGCAUGUCAAGGUGCUGACCCGCGCGGUGCCUCUCGAAACCAUCCUUUCAGAGCUUGCUAACCUCGACAAGGCCAACGCUAACCAAUUGCGCCAACACAUCUCUCCCGAAUACCUGUGGUACUGUUGGAAGCAUGGAGUUGGACUGCAAAUGGCACACUCGCAGCAUGGCAUCGACAGCAUCCUCCCCGUCUUUAUGGGCAACCUCGAUCGGCCCUUUGUUACUCCCACUGGCACGCAGGAUGAUGCUGCCACCAGCAUCGAGAUGCACGCCGCACGCUACAUGACCUACGUUGCAUGGGAGGCCAAGAAUCGCGACGAACCGCAGCCAGGAGCCAGAUCAGGUAAGCCGGAUGUAAUGCUCAAGCUCGCUGGACCAUCGAUUAUGCACACCUCACAUGCACUGCCGGGUGAAAAGCCACUCACUGAAAGGGCUCUGCUCUGCAUUCUGCUUGACCUGGGCACCUCAACAUCAUUUGCCAGCAAACCUAAAGGAUCCCGCCCGCGAGUGCAGACGAUCAAUGGCACUGAAUGCCCUCGACUCUGCAUCCGAGGUGUGACCAACAAGCACGCCUAUCCUUGCCUCGACGUUUUGAAGAUCCGAGCCAUCUUUGAGCAAAUCUUGACCACUCUUGCCAUGAUACCCACCUUCGAGAAGUUCAAUGUGGUGUCCAAUCCGAUUUGGAACGAUUGCGUCCAGCCUGCGCUGCCCUCGAUCUCGGCAACUGGAGCGUCCAAUCCACCACCAUCAGCAGCAGCAGCAGCAGCAACAGAUGAUGAUAAUGGCACGGCUCAAUGCAAAAAACAGCGUAUGGAUCUGGAUUGA